AUUAAAAUCGUUAAUUUAGUUAAUAAGCUUCGUCGAGAUUUUUUUUUCUCUUCCAUGGAAACAUAUGAUCGUAUCUACACUUUAUCAUCUCCAUGUUAUUUUACUCUUUCUGUGAUUAAUUCCUGCAAUUAAUUAACUACAAUUGUCUUUCUGAUAAACAGUCUAAUUAAUUAGUGUUGUUCCUCUAAUUGUGUGCCUUUAAUUGUCUUCCAAAGAAACACUAAUAUUCCAACAAUUUAAUAACAUCAACAUUCUGGUUUUUGUCUUUCUCUUCAUUGUUUACAUUUGGAAACCUUUUUGAUUUCUGUCAAUUUUUGUCUCUUGUGAUUAACUAAUUGUUACGAUUUAAAUUACCAUGGAUUCACCUCGAGUUCUGUCAAUUCAAAGUCAUGUUGUCCACGGAUAUGUGGGCAAUAAAAGUGCUACAUUUCCAUUACAGAUUCUUGGGUUCGAAGUUGAUACAAUUAAUAGUGUCCAAUACUCUAAUCAUGUCCACUACAAGGUCACUAAAGGACAAGAAGUUCUUGGCAGUGAUUUACAUGAUCUUUUCCAAGGAAUCAGUGGAAAUGAUUUAAUUCAACAAUACACUCAUCUAUUAACUGGUUAUUGUCGUUCUGCUUCAUUCUUGUCUGAACUCGUUGGAAUUGUCACCGAGAUGAAGAAAUUAAAUCCGAAUAUUAAAUAUGUUUGUGAUCCAGUUAUGGGAGAUAACGGUAAAUUUUACGUUUCCGAUGAUCAGGUUAAAAUUUACCGGGAACAAUUAUUACCAUUGGCUGAUAUUAUCACACCGAAUCAAUUUGAAGCCGAAGUAUUAACUGGAAUCAAGAUUGAAUCAACUGAUGAUAUUAUCAAAGCGAUUGAUAUUUUACACUCGAGAGGCGUUUCUUGUGUUUGUAUCACCAGCACGGAGAUCGGAGAUGAGGCCAGAUUACCUUGUUUCGCCAGUCGACUGAACGGGAAUGAGAAAGAAAGGUUUUCUCUGAUGAUUCCCAAAAUCGAUGCUCGAUUCGUUGGGACUGGUGACCUAUUUGCCGCUCUAUUAUUGGCCUGGCUUCAUAAAUCCAACUACGAUCUAAAAGGUUCAUUGGAAAACACUGUUUCGACCAUGCAAACAAUUCUUAAUCGAACCUUUAAUUACGCUAAAAGUAUUGGAAAGUUUGACGAUGAUUCCCUCGAACUCAAGCUAAUUCAAAGUAAAAUCGACAUCGAAACUCCAACCAUAACAAUUAACGCAACCUCAAUUCCUGGAUAAAGAUUACGAUUAAUUCACACAAUCAACUGAUUGUCUCUCAUUUACGGACGCGAGUACUUUGUUAUCCUCAUUGGUUAAUUUAGAUUUAAUUUAAUUUAUAUAUAUUUUUUAUUAUCAACAUUUAUCUUUGAUUUAAUCUAAUAGCGUUUGAAAAGUGUUCAGCUAACUAGAAAUAAUUUUUAAACUAAUUGUUAAUUGUUGUCGUUGAUUGUUUCUGAUGAGCAUGAAAAGAGCAAGAAAUUAAAUUAUUGUAAAUCAGA